AUGCUCAACUGGUCCUACACCACCGCCGUCUUUACGAAUCCCGGCUCGACGACCAACGACGACGGCUACAGCGUCCUGCCCAUGAACCAAAGCAACCAGAACAAUGCGACCUCCUUCACCGUCAAGUCGAAUGGCGAAUACCGCUUCUGCAAGAAGUGCCAGGCCCGCAAGCCCGACCGCGCGCAUCACUGCUCGACGUGCCGACGCUGCGUGCUCAAGAUGGACCAUCACUGCCCCUGGCUGGCGACGUGCAUCGGCUUGAAGAACCACAAGGCCUUUCUGCUGUUCCUCAUCUACACGACGGUGUUCUGCCUCUACUGCUUCGCUGUUAGCGGAUGGUGGACGUGGGUGGAGAUCCUCAAAAACACUCGCUACAUGGACACCCUGUUGCCCGUCAACUUUAUCAUGCUGGCCGUCAUGAGCGGCAUCAUUGCGCUCGUCGUCGGGGCCUUUACCGCUUGGCACAUCCACCUGGCCUCGCGCGGGCAGACGACCAUUGAAUGUCUUGAGAAGACGCGCUACUUGUCGCCCUUGCGCAAGACCUUUCACCAGGCCCACGAUCCUGCCAACCACGUCCCUCUCGCGGCACAGCAGAUUGUGGACUUCCACGCCAACGCCGUCCCUGGCGUGACGAGGCCCGAGGAGGGCGAGGAGCGCCGCACGAUGGAGCUGCCCCGUACCGGUUCGAACCUAGAUGGCGCUCGGCCUGUGCACAUGAGUUACGCCGAGAGGGAGGCGGAGCAAUCGAGGAAACGCUACGACGAGUACCUGGACGAGCAAGAUUCUUCCAAGUUACCGAAUGCAUUUGAUCUCGGUUGGAGACGUAACCUACAGCACCUUUUCGGGCCCGACCCAUGGCUGUGGCCGGUCCCCGUUUGUAAUACCACCGGUGACGGCUGGGCUUGGGAGCCUAGCCCUCGUUGGCUGGAGGCACGAGAACGUCUUCGCGCCGAGCGCGAACAGCAACGCGCCCGCGAGGUCAGUGCUGGAUGGGGCGGUGACUUUGGCCUAGCCGUCGAGGAACCGCCCGUGAUCACCCGUGUCCACGCCUCUGGUGCAGGAAGGCACUUCUCCGAGGACAGGCACAGCAGCCCCUCGCCCCGCGACGGACUCCGACGCACGCCCAGCAAGGCCGACCGCAUUUUGGGGCGCGAUCCGAACCUGUACGCAGAUGGGCCACAGUCCGAAGACGUACCGCUCCGACGACUCAGUCCGCGUGGACGGUCCGUCGAGGACGAGCUCGACGAGAUUGACAGGGAAGACGAACAGUUUGUCGAAAGCCUGGACAGGGACGAAGCCGAGCGCCGCGCAAUGAACGUGGUCACUAACGGUGGCUGGGGCCGUGGCGGCGCGAGCGGCAUGUUGCGCAAGCAGCACAGUCACAGCAGCGGGCGAGGCACAGGCUCAUCCAGUCCGCGCUAUCUGGAUGACGGGGUAGACUGA